GGCCAGAGGGACCCAAGGGAUAGUCAGGGACAGGCAGACAUGCAGCCAGGGUUCUGGGGCCUGGACAGGGGCAGCCAGGCCCCGUGACAGGAAGACCCCCGAGCUCCGGCCCGGGGAGGGGCCAUGGUGCUGCCUGCCCAACAUGUCAGCCGAGGUGCGGCUGAAGCAGCUCCAGCAGCUGGUGCUGGACCCCGGCUUCCUGGGGCUGGAGCCCCUGCUCGACCUUCUCCUGGGCGUCCACCAGGAGCUGGGCGCCUCCCACCUAGCCCAAGACAAGUAUGUGGCCGACUUCUUGCAGUGGGUGGAGCCCAUUGCAGCAAGGCUUAAGGAGGUCCGGCUGCAGAGGGACGACUUUGAGAUCCUGAAGGUGAUUGGCCGCGGGGCAUUCAGUGAGGUAGCGGUGGUGAAGAUGAAACAGACGGGCCAGGUGUUUGCCAUGAAGAUUAUGAAUAAGUGGGACAUGCUGAAGAGAGGCGAGGUGUCGUGCUUCCGGGAAGAAAGGGAUGUAUUGGUGAAAGGGGACCGGCGCUGGAUCACACAGCUGCACUUCGCCUUCCAGGAUGAGAACUACCUGUACCUGGUCAUGGAAUACUACGUGGGCGGGGACCUGCUAACGCUGCUGAGCAAGUUUGGGGAGCGGAUCCCCGCCGAGAUGGCGCGCUUCUACCUGGCCGAGAUUGUCAUGGCCAUAGACUCGGUGCACCGGCUGGGCUACGUGCACAGGGACAUCAAGCCGGAUAACAUUCUGCUGGACCGGUGUGGCCACAUCCGCCUGGCGGACUUCGGCUCCUGCCUCAAACUACAGCCUGAUGGGAUGGUGAGGUCGCUGGUGGCUGUGGGCACCCCGGACUAUCUGUCUCCGGAGAUUCUGCAGGCCGUGGGCGGAGGGCCUGGGGCAGGCAGCUACGGGCCCGAGUGUGACUGGUGGGCACUGGGCGUGUUCGCCUACGAAAUGUUCUACGGGCAGACACCCUUCUACGCUGACUCCACAGCGGAGACAUAUGCCAAGAUUGUGCAUUACAAGGAACACCUGGCUCUGCCUCUGGCAGACACAGGUGUCCCUGAGGAAGCCCAAGACCUCAUCCGGGGACUGCUGUGCCCCGCUGAGAUAAGGCUAGGCCGAGGCGGGGCAGGCGACUUCCAGAAGCAUCCGUUCUUCUGUGGCCUUGAUUGGGAGGGUCUUCGAGACAGCGUGCCCCCCUUUACCCCAGACUUCGAGGGUGCCACGGACACGUGCAACUUCGAUGUGGUAGAGGACCGGCUCACUGCCAUGGUGAGCGGGGGCGGGGAGACACUGACGGACAUGCAGGAAGGCAUGCCACUUGGGGUCCACCUGCCUUUCGUGGGGUACUCCUACUCGUGUAUGGCCCUCAGAGACACUGAGGUCCCGGACCCCACCCCUAUGGAACUGGAGGCCCUGCAGUUGCCUGAGGCGGACUUGCAAGUGCUCAACUUGGAGCCCCCAGAGUCCCCACCGGAUCAAGUGGCCCAAGUGGCCGACGACACAGCAGCUGUCCCUGCAGCCGAGGCAGAGCGGGUGGUGACCCUGCGGGAGCUCCAGGGAGCCCUGGAGGAAGAGGUUCUCACCCGGCAGAGCCUGAGCCGCGAGCUGGAGGCCAUCCGCACUGCCAACCAGAAAUUCUCCAGCCAACUGCAGGAGGCUGAGGUCCGGAACCGAGACCUGGAGGCUCACGUUCGGCAGCUGCAGGAGCGGAUGGAGAUGCUGCAGGCCCCGGGAGCCCCAGGCGAGUCCCACCCGCCCCAGGCCAGGAGGGCACCGGGUGAAGAUGGGGGCGAGCUGGGUGUGUGGACACUUGGGGCAGGGGAGGGGCCCAGGCUGGGGCGCGAGCCACCGCCCUUCUCCGCCCUCCACGCUCCAUACACCUCUCUUCUCCUUCCAGCUGUCAUGGGGGUCCCCAGUCCCUGGGCCACGGAUCCACCUUCCCAUAUGGCCCCCCGGCCGUGGCUCUGGGCCAAUGCCCGCUGGUGGGGCCAGGCCCCGUGCACCGCCGUCACCUGCUGCUCCCUGCCAGGCUCCCUAGGCCUGGCCUAUCGGAGGCGCGUUGCCUGCUCCUGUUCGCCGCUGCUCUGGCUGCUGCCGCCACACUGGGCUGCUCUGGGUUGGUGGCCUGUAUCCCAGUCUGGUGUUUCCCGGGAGCCACCUUCGCCCCCUGAACCCUGAGACUCCAAGUCAUCUUUCAUCUAGGCCACCUUGGAAAGCCGGGUGACUUGGCAAUGGCCCAGAGCGUCUCUGCGCCCAUCCCCUCUCCCCUGCACCAACCCCACUCCACACCUCUUCGAGCUUGGGUCCCCACCGGUCUCUUCUCCUGUGAUCCGGGCCCGCCCCCUGGCGGCCGGGGAGGGAGGAGCCGGACCCGUGCGCAGGAACCUGGUUCUUGCCGGGCUGGCGGCGCUGCUGCGGGGACAUUCGCCGACCACUCUUCGCUCAGCCCCGACGUGGAUAGGCAAACUGCCCAGGCCAUCCGAAUUCACCUUUCACGCUUCCAGCCAUUGGUCACAAACUAUUACACCAAACCCUUGUGCACGAGCCCCUGAUGUCCGGGGACGUCCCAUCGCCACAACAAACGACCAGCACGACUUCUACCAGCUCUCUUGGGAGCCUUUGGCUUCGGACAGCUGCGCUUCUGGGAGUUGCUGCAACCCUUUCCUCACAAACGCUGCCGUCGGAGUCAUGGCUGCACCCCCCCACCCCACCCCCAGGCAGUGUGGGUAUUUAUUGACCUUGUCCUCUGACUCACUGACAGACUCCGGGACCCACGUUUUGGAUGCACUGAGACUCAACAUUCCUCGGUAUUUAUUGUCUGUCCCCACCUAUGAGCCCACCCCCGACCCUUGCGAAUAAAAUACUUUCUGGCCUGCCCUAA